AUGAUACGGCCGCUGGUGAUAUUCUCAUGUAUACUUGUCUUCCUCGGAUUGCUAGGCGCACUUUCAACCAGGGAAACAGUACAGGGGGUCUUUCGAAACUCGUGGGGCUCUAGUGACUCUACACAUCAGAGCAAGUUUCCUGGCUUCACGAUAUACGAGCGCGAUGACCUUCCCUCGACUUUCUCGGACGCAUGCGUUGCUGCACUAACUGCUACUAUCGACUGUGAUCUUACCGUGUUCCGAUUUGGAGAGCCUGCAUAUCAUGGCACCUUGGGAAAUGAAACGUUAACAGACAUGGUCUGCGAGCAAAGCUGCGGGAAGUCGCUGGCCAAUUGGUUUAACACUGCCGAAAAGAACUGCGAUGGAUCUACACUCUUCGAUCAUCCGGUAACUAUUCCGGGAGGAAACAUGUGGACUGGUUGGAAUGAAACUUGCUACAAGGACCCGCAAACUGGUCAAUACUGCAAUGACAUUAUCAGCACCUUCACCCGCGUCGCCAGGGUUGAGCUCAUGCCAAAGGAGGAGAUGUGUUCCUACUGCUACAAGACAAAGCUUCAAAUGAUGCAGUCGAGCCCAUACUCCUACUACAACAAGGUCUUUCAGCACAACCUUGAGGUUGUAAUGAGAAACUGCGAUUUCAUCACCAGCACAACCAUUCCCGAAGAUCUCGCCCUCACUGCGUCCGAAGACGACCCCCUGUGCGUGUCCGGUAAAACGUACACCACGAAAGAGGGCGACACUUGCACAUCUAUUGCUCUCGAGUACUCCGUCUCAUCCGCAGCCCUCUACAUGGGCAACCAAGAUCUCAUCCGAGACUGUCAGCAGGUCGUCGUGGGUAAGGUCUUGUGUAUCCCGCUAUCCUGCGAGCAUACCUACGUCCUGCAGCCAGACGAUACCUGCUUUAGCAUCGAGCGAGCGAACGGCUUUCCUCUGUUUGACCUCAGAGUCAAGAAGAUUAUAACUCUGCGCCAGUUAAACCCUUGGAUUAAUGCGUACUGCACCAAUCUGCAAAGCACCGCCUGGGCCUUUGGCAGGGUCUUGUGUCUCUCUCAUCAGGCAGGGGUGCUUACCGAGACAGAUGUUGUCGCCACGUCUCACAAUCCAUGGGGCACAGAAAGUGAUGGAUACGGAAAAUGGAUGGUUGAUCCCUCCAGGGAUGCCACACUCGCAGAAGGCACUACGAAAGAGUGUUGGAAGUGGCAUACAGCUCUGGAGGGCGAGUCAUGCGCUCAGAUCUGCCUGCGACAUAAAAUUACUAGCACUCUUUUUCUGGCUGCGAACCCGUCGUUAGAUCCUGCGAAUUGCACGGCAAGCCUGACGCCGGGAGUGACUUACUGUACUGCACCUCUGCAUGGGUGGAAUUAUACGGCGGAAGGUUGA